CUCGGUAUAGACACUUCAUAUGCGCGGGACAUUUUCGCGGUUCUGAAUAGGUUUAGUUGCUAUACCGAGGACCUAUACCGAGAACAUGUUCUCGGUAUAGGGUUUAUAAAUAUCACACUCAGCCGCGAAGCCCCUUCUCCUUCCUCUCUGGUUUCUCUGGGUUUUCUCCGAAACCUCCGCCUCCCUCCGCCGAUUAUAGUCGUUUUCCUCCAUAAAAACUCGGUUUUAAGCCCCAAAAUUGCCAAGGGUGAAGGAAUUUCUGUGUAUUUGUUGAAGGUUGGGUAUUCGGUUUUUGUUGGACUAUAGGGAUUGCUAGCAAGAUAUUGAAGGCAUUGAUAUGGCUGAUGUUAUUGCUCAAUCUCACGGGGGUGAUGGUGGAGGAUGCGAUCCUCCACGUGGACCGGCAGAUAUCCCAGCUGAUUGUGAACGAGCGCCUCCAAGUAAACGUGGACGCCAUAAGGGAUUGAACACGCGGGAAAAGAGGGAACAGUUGGGGCGUCCUCUCCCUCUCGAGUGGGAUGUGCGGGGGAGAACAUAUAAAGAGAUCGGAGAGUACAGCUCAAAUUUCUCAAGAGAGCUCGGAUUACUUGUUCGACAGUACACAGAUCCGGACUGUCCUCAAUGGUCAAAAGUACCAAAUGCCUCGAAAGAAAGAAUACUUGCACAUUUGGAAGAUGAUUUGUUUGAUAUUGGGCGUACUAGAUAUGGAGAAGGGCAUAUGCCUGGGAUCUUGAGAGGCAUUGAUACUUCGUGUGCUAAAAAGUAUUCUGACUGGAAGUACGAUAUUAAAGAGCACUUAACGAUUAAUGGGCCACAAAAUCGUUAUGGUGGUUGCACGGAUACGCAGUGGCAAAAAGCAAUUGAUUUUUUCCGUCGCCCAGAAAUUACGAAACGUUCUGUGGUCAACAAGGAAAAUAGAAAGAAAUUGAAAGAGCUUAGCUAUGGAGGUUCUCAGUCAAUCCCAGCCUUACGCUAUAAAAAGCGCAAUUUAGAGACUAGGCAACUUGAGUCCAUCCCGGAUAGCUGGAUGGAUACUCACCAUAAAUCAGGCACAGGGUGGGUGACAGAGACAGCAAAAAAUACUUGGGAGGAAUUGCGUGCAUACCGCGACACACAGCAGACACAGGCAACUGAUACUGAGAGUUCCACACCAGUUUCGAGUGCGCCUGAAGAUGAAGACAUAUCUUUGGUACAAAAUGUCUUCGGAAAACGACGGGGCCACCAGAAAGGAUAUGGACGUAUCCUUAACAUAAGGGACCGAAAUCCAUUUCAUUUUCGUCCUUCACAAACUAGAGAUGAAGAGUUGUCUGAGAUGAGAGAGCGUCUUCGACAGUUAGAGGAGCAUGUCCGGACUCAUUGUAUCACCCCGGGAUCUCAAUCUGCCCCACCACCACCACCCGAUGAUCCUGAUGUUGGAGCACCGACUCAGUAGGACUUAUGUAUGAAUUUUAUUACAAUUGACUAUUACAUUAUCAUGUUUAAGACAAGUCUUUAUUUUAAUUCAACGAAUACACUCUUAUGUUUUUUUUUAUAUCUUUAAUAUAAGUGUUUUAAUUUUA